GGGUUUUAUUGUGAAGGAUCGGAGACGCCGGAAGUGGUGUUGUUUUUGCUGCUGGGGUCAAAGUGAUGUGUCUCCCAGAGACACUUUGUUGUUAAAGCGGACAGUUGAACAGAGAAAUGAUGCUCCACAGUGCUGAGACUGACCUUUAGGGAAGUUUUCAGAGCCACUCUGCUGCUCAGUGAUGGAUCGGAGUUAGAGGAGCAGACAUCUGCAGCUUUCACAACUCCUCUGUUCCUGUGUGGAGCUGAUCGGCUCACUGGACCGUCUCUCAGCGGCUCUCUGAGAACCAGUAGAAGACAGAGAGUGUCUCAGUCCUCUCUCAGCCUCCCUGACAGUGCAGCUGUAUAUUUACAGGUGCAGCUCCGAUAUGACUAAGAGAAGCCCGUCUCUUCAGCUUGUCAAAAGGAUGCUGAACCAUCACUGCAGACGGAACCCUGAGCUUCAUGAGGAGCUGCAGAUCCAGGCUGCAGUGGCAGCGGGGGAUGUCUGCACUGUCAGGAGAAUGCUGGAGCAAGGGUACUCGCCUAAGAUCCGCGAUGCCAACGGCUGGACGCUGCUCCACUUCUCCGCUGCCAAAGGAAAAGAGAGAUGUGUUCGGGUCUUUCUCGAGCACGGAGCUGACCCCACAGUGAAGGACUUUAUCGGCGGCUUCACAGCCCUCCACUACGCUGCUAUGCACGGCAGAGCACGCAUCGCCCGACUGAUGCUGGAAUCCGAGUUUCGCAGUGACAUUAUAAACGCAAAAAGCAACGACGGCUGGACGCCGCUCCACGUGGCGGCCCAUUACGGCCGAGACUCGUUCGUACGCCUCCUCCUCGAGUUCAGGGCCGAGGGACCGCUGAGCGACAAAGGGACCACGCCGCUGCAGUUGGCCAUCAUCCGCGAGCGCUCCAGCUGUGUACGGAUCCUCCUGGACCACAGUGCCAACAUUGACAUUCAAAACGGCUUCCUGUUGCGAUACGCCGUCAUCAAAGGCAAUCACUCGUACUGCCGCAUGUUCCUGCAGAGGGGAGCGGACACUAACCUCGGACGCCUCGAAGACGGCCAGACCCCCUUGCACCUGUCUGCCCUCAGGGACGACGUGUUGUGCGCCCAGAUGCUCUACAUGUACGGGGCCGAUACCAACACCAGGAACUACGAGGGCCAGACACCAGUAGCUGUAUCUGUUAGCAUGUCUGGGAUCAGCCGGCCCUGUCUGGACUUCCUACAGGAGGUCACGAGACAACCUCGGACACUACAAGAUUUGUGUCGAAUAAAAAUCCGUCACUGCAUUGGCCUUCAAAGCUUGAAAUUGUUGGAGGAUCUACCGAUUGCAAAGGUUAUGAAAGACUAUUUAAAACAUAAGUUUGACAAUGUGUGAAGGCAGCAACAAUAGAAGAGGAGAGGGGGACUAAAAAACUAUAAUUUUUAAAGACUAUGCAAUCACGAUGCUCCUCGUCUGGAAGACAUGUCCACGGGUCUGCUCUGUACGUGCUGAAGGAUAGUUAGUCCAGCCUGGUUGUCCAGUUCAAUCGUUUUCUGCUCCUGUUCUCAAUUCCAGCCUUUUUUACAUUUAGAACAGUGGCUGAAGAGUGGAAAUGGAUCCACCUCAUGUGGGGCAAAGGUUAUGUGUUUUGUUGGGGAAAAGAAAACCUCAUUUGACAGAUAGCAUUGUUACUACAGUUAGCGUUAUUACCAUUUAUGUUGUCACUGUAAAAGUGUGCAAGAUGUUAUCCUCGUCAUCAAGUGCAUACUUGCCAAUGAGUCUUUUUUCUUUCUUUUUUUUCACUGAGCUAUAGGAAGCUAAACUCAAAUUGCUGCAGUGGUGAUUUUCUUUAUUUCUCAGCAUUGUGUCGAACAACUUGGAUAAUGAUAGCUUUAAAAAAACAGUUGACAAGGUACACUCCCUGAUUAUGUUUCAUCAACCUAAUAGUGAGUCUAAUUGCCUGGUUCCAAACCGCUGAAUCACCACCCACAUCUCCAGUUUGCUCAAUGACUUAUGAAGCAAAUAGCACCUGUGUUGUGACCAUUGACACGCAGCUAGUUCCAACAAUUGACCGAGCAUAGCUAGCUAGCUAUGCAGGAAGAUAAAAUCAGUGUUAAGUUUGUGCAACUUUGCUCUGAACAGAAAGCAGGAAGAAAAAACUAAAUGUGGAGCUAAUGAUGGCUAGAGAUGUGGACUGUAUGGUCUGCAUGUCAGAUACUGCUCCAAUAAGAUGAACACAAGCUCACUUCAAUUCAGAACAACCAAAGAAACAUUCUGACCUGCCAGAAAUUCAUGUUAUCAUCCCAACAGCCACAUGGUUGAUCAUUCAGGCAAUUAAUCAUGCGUCUGGUGUAAAUUCAGCUCUAAAUAAUUAGUGACUACCAACCUGUUUGGAGUUAGAUGGAGUUUGGAGAAACAGACAGAAGUACCAACACAGGAACAAAGCAAUGCACUGCUGUGGACGGGGGCAGCAGCAAAAUGUAUUUGAAGACCAUUAAAAGAAUUAGUUAAAGUUUACGCUAUAUUUAGGAUAUUUUUACCGCUUCAUCUUGUGGUCAGACAGCCCUUUCCAACGGGGAACUGAAAGUGAAACUUAUCUUUGCUCUCUUCAAAGCAGCCAGACUGACAAAAAUAGCAGGCCUAUACCAGUAAAUAAGUUUCACUUUCAAUUCAGGUCCCUUUCGGAAAAUAUUCUAAAUAUAGCAUACAUUUAAACUGAUAUUCAUUUUUUUAGGUGAGCCUUUUUUUUUAGGCGUCUGAAAUCCGUUUAGCUGCU